AUGGCCACAACAUUCUCCUCAGCAACGGCGAUUCCGCACAACACACACGCACAUGCUCCCUACCAACACCACGCAUACCGCAAGUCGACACACUCGACACACUCGCAGUACUCGCCCACAAACUCGGGCCUGAACACGCCCGCCAACAUCUCUCCUACCUCCCCGCGCACCACACAUUUGCCCCUCGCCCGCCAUCAGGGCAUCUACCAGCCCAGGACCGCCAUCGGGAUACCCGCUGCGCUGCGCAAGACGGAGAAGCCCAGCAGCAGGUCGCCGCCAAAGGUCGACUCUGGCGUCAGCUCUCCCAACCAAGCAUGGUCGGCGGGAGCAUUUGGGUGGGUCGCAAAUGAGGGCAGCGCGACUCCCGGCUCGCAGAUUGGCAACGAGGACAUGCAGAGCCUCUACAACGCCGAACCACUGUCGCCCGUCGCUGGGCCAAUCACACGCAACCACUGGCAGGCCGAUAGUUCCACUUCGGUGUGCUCCGCAUCAUCCUGCCAAGAGCCCUUUGGCUUCUUCCAACGUCGCCACCAUUGCCGCAAGUGCGGCGGCAUCUUCUGCUGGCAGCACUCGCGCAACAAUGUCCGUCUCGAUGAGCUCGCACGUUUCCAUCCUGAGGGCCAUUGGCACCGUGCCUGCGACCGUUGCCACAGCUCCUUCCGCGAGUGGGAGCACCUUCGGUCCAGCCGCACCAACAGCGAGAGCUCAGACAGUAGCAAUGGGCCGAGUCCAGCCGCAAAAGCCAUCGAGGCUCCUGUUGCGGCGAAGCGCCCUGAGACCACACGCGUUGGCAGCAUAGCUCAGAGCUUCCAGGGCACGUGGAACUGGAGUACCUUCUAA